GAAAAUGUUACUUUAUAGAUAUAGAUUCUCUUACGUUUAUUAUGUAAUGACCUAACUUAAGGGAUAGGUCAUACGUUGGGCCCAAUUUAUAUCAUAAAGAGUAGAUUAACCUGCUAAACUUAGGCCAUAGAAUCAUAAUGAAAGUUUACUUGUGCCAGUCCCAUUUUAUUGACCGCGUGCUGUACAAGAGAAAACACGUGCAUGUCUGUCAACUACGCCACGUGUAUCCCAACCGCUAUGUCGUGGCAUCGAUCCUUUGUAUUUAAAACUUUCCUUUUUCGAAGGCAAACAAAAUACAAAAAGAAAAGUCACCAAAUCAGGAAGUUGAUCGGAGAUGUCGUCGGCGCAAAUGGACCCACGCGACAAGAUGAGAUCACGCGAUAUAAGUAAAGUCGCGAGAGGACAGCAAGCGCCAAGACCAGCUCAUGCUCCUGGUACGGUGUCGCCGCCACCACAGAACGAGGCGACAUUUCGAGCUCAGAGAGGAGAAGACGGCGGAGAUGGUGGUGGUCCUGGUGGAGAUACUGGUUCGGCGGCGGAUGAAGAGUUCCAGGUGACUAGUGAAACGCGACAUUGCUUCAAUCGGUUUAAGCAAUACCAUAAGUGUAUUGAGGAUAAAGGAAGAGAUACGAAUGAUUGUAACAGCUUAAGAGAUUAUGUACGUUCGAUGUGCCCCGAAAAUUUGGUUGAGAAAUGGGAGGAACAGAGAAAGUCUGGGACAUUGCCCUCAUCAGUUUGAAGAUUAAUUAGUUUAUCAAAUAGAGUCUCUGAUAUAUUAUAAACAGAGAUGUUUAUUUUGGUCGUUGUGUACAAUACUAAAACCAAAAUGCUAUAAUAAAC